UUUUUCGCAUACUAAAGAGAACCAGUGUGUCAACACCGAACAGUUGUUGUUAAAACCGUGUACUUGUGUGUUGGCAUUUUUAUCCGACGAAAUAUUGUCCUGACUAGAUCCAAAUUUACUCAUUAAGGAUCAAAUAUUUACAACUUUUUGAGCUUUUAUUGUCCUUGUCAUGGCUGUUACGAGAUCGCACUCUCUCAAGCAAAGUAGGGGAGACAGUUGACACAGGUACUACAGUUAAAGCUAGACAAACAACACCUCAACCAACCAAAAAAGGCAAACCGAAGAAAAAACGAAAUAAAACGUCGGCACGAAAGGCAACUAAAACGCCGAAAAUUGGAAAUGGGCAAGUUGUUGCACAGCAAAAGGAUCCAUCCACCGAUCCUGAACUGCCAUUGCAAAUGGUUUCAAUUCCAACGGACAUAGUCUACAAGCUAAACAUUUCGAAAAUGCAGCAUUUCGUCGUAAACGAAAUAAAGGACGAGGUCGACACAUCCGUCGAUGCCACGUUGUCUCAAUCCUCGGCACAUUCGAUUGAACAAGAGCCACUUCAAAGUGAUAGCACAGCGGACUCGACCAAGUCGAUCGAUUCGACUUUAUCAGCAGGAGAGCCUGUGGAAAAACCUCUGUCGGCAGACAAAAUGAAUGUUCGUUUUGUAAUGGACUUGCAGGAUUAUGGAAUUCCUAUCCUUGAACGCUUAGGUCAUUCCUCACCAAGUCCUAUGAACGCAGAUUCAUUGACAGUCAUCAAAGAAGAGUCACAGAGUCAUCUAGAAACGGUUGGAGACAACAAUUUGUCAGAACUCACAUCUGCGUCACCUCAAGGAGUAAACUCACAGCAAAUGGUCUACCAUUCAGGAGAUAGAGAGAUAAAGAUGAAUGUUCGUUCUGUCAUGGACUUGCAGGAUUAUGGAAUUCCUAUCGUUGAACGCUAUGGCCAUUCCUCAUCAAGUUCUAUGAACGUUGAUUCGUUGACAGUAAUCAGAGAAGAGUCACCGAGUCAUCUAGAAACGGUUGGAGACAACGCCAUUUCGCAAGAACUCACAUCUACGUCACCUCAAGAAGUAGACUCAGAGAAGAAUCUGACGCAAAUGAUAGAAAUGGAUACACGCACAAAAUCUGAACUUAAACACUCGCAUCCAAACGUUCGAGAGGAGUGUCCAAGUCCAGCGAGUACAAUCAUAAAAGGCGGUUAUGAAGACGAGUAUCUCAUGUCAACUGAAACAGUCAUAAGUAAGGGGUUGGAGGAUGAAUGUACGAGUUCGAACACAAUCAUAAAAAGCCAGUCGGAGAAUGAACGUCCAAGUCAUGUCAUCAUAGAAAGCGAGCUGGUCGAUGAGUGUCCGAGCCCAACUAGAACAAUCAUAAAAAGUAAUUUGGUAGCCGACUGUCUGAGUCCAGAUAUAAUAAUUAUAACUAGCGAGUCGGAUGAUGAGUGUGAGUGUCCCAGUCCAGCGGCAACAAUCAUUAAAAGUGAAUUCGAAGACGAAUGUUCCAGACCGACGACUUCCAUAAAUAUGGAAAAUGGAGCUGAUGGCAUAAAACUCAUAGAAAGGCAGUCGCUCGAUGAGUGUUUGAGCCCAACUAAAACAACCAUAAGAAGCGAAUCGGAAGCCGAGUGUCCUAGUCCAGCUGCAACAAUCAUAAAAAGUGAAUCCGAAGACGAGUGUUCCAGACCGACGGAUCCCGUAAACGCGGAAAAUGGAGCAACUGACCCACGACUCAGAGAAAAGAAGUCGUUCGAUAAGUGUCCGAGUCCAGCUGCAACAAUCAUAAAAAGCGAAUCGGAGGACGAGUGUCCAAGUCCAGCUGCAACAAUCAUAAAAAGUGAAUCCGAAGACGAGUGUUCCAGACCGACGAGUCCCGUAAACGCGGAAAAUGGAGGAACUGACCAAGGACUCACACAAAGCCAGUCGUUCGAUGAGUGUCCAAGUCCAGCUGCAACAAUCAUAAAAAGCGAAUCAGAGGACGAUUGUCCAAGUCCAGCAGCAACAAUCAUAAAAAGUGAAUCCGAAGACGAGUGUUCCAGACCGACGAGUCCCGUAAACGCGGAAAAUGGAGUAACUGACCAAGGACUCACACAAAGCCAGUCGUUCGAUGAGUGUCCAAGUCCAGCUGCAACAAUCAUAAAAAGUGAAUCCGAAGACGAGUGUUCCAGACCGACGAGUCCCGUAAUCGCGGAAAAUGGAGCUACUGACCAAGGACUCACACAAAGCCAGUCGUUCGAUGAGUGUCCAAGUCAAGCUGCAACAAUCAUAAAAAGCGAAUCGGAGGACGAGUGUCCAAGUCCAGCAGCAACAAUCAUAAAAAGUGAAUCCGAAGACGAGUGUUCCCGACUGAUUAAGGCGGAAAAUGUUAGCUCACGGAAUGUUCGUGCUACUGAAGCUGUACAUAAUGACAGCCAAGACAUUUUUGUUGACUCAGAGUUGAAAACAAAUCAAUCAACUCGUUGCAGUGGUCGCAGUUCUUUAGACAAUUCACUCGAUAGGCGUGCAAGUUCAUCAUCACUAGGUGCUUUGUCAUCACAGAAACAACGCUGUGGUAUCGAUCGGCGUCAGAAAAGUUUCUCCAAAAAACAGCAAACUAGCAAUGAACGAUGUGCUGCUACAAAUAGUCCCACAUCGUCUUCAAAAGCAUUCCACCGCCCAUCAUCGUUUUCUGACAGUCGGCGAUCGGCCAGCACGUUCGAAAGUAAACGAGUCUUUGAAAGCGACAGCGGAAGUGAAUGGGACGGUGAAAGUGACAGUGAAAGAGUACGUCUACAAAGACCCAAAUUCGAACGAAAUAAACGUCCCUCAUCGAAUGCGAAGAAACGAAUGGGAUAUCGGUGGUCAGACAUUAGAUUUUCGGUGACUCCCGAAAAAAAAUUCAUGGAAAUUGAUACGACGGACGAUAGCGAACCAGAAUACGGAUGGGAGGAUCCGCGACCACCAAAACGGACAUGUGUCGAACCGAAAUCUACGCAAGAACUGGAUCCCAAUCUUCAUGAAAAAAUGCAAAUCUUUAUAGGUAAACUGAGCAACGAAUUCGAUUUGGACGUCAUCGAACAGUCAAGGAAGAAACUGUUCGAAGCUAUUGAUGAAUCUAUAGCUGUACAAUCGACUAAGAAACUAAGUGAGCUCGACCUAAAGAUUCAGAAGAAGAAAGACGACUAUGUUCUCAAUCUAUUCGGCACCGACGAAUUCGAAAGCUGGGAUAACGAUCCUGCUCUCAGUAACGUUGAGGCAACGAAUAAAUUCGGUCCAUUGAAAUUGCCAGCUGCAGCCAAUGCUUCUUUAUUAGACAAGAUGACAAGGAAACACUGGGAAAAUGGAAUUUAACUUCAGGAGUCACGAUUUCGCUUUCCUAGAUGGAGUACGUUUUGAAGAAUUUCGUCCAUAUUUUGUCCCCAAAUUUUUAUUUUAGAUUUCUUGUAUGAAGCAAAAGAACUAAACGUUGAAUGAAUUAGAAAGAAAUAUUUUUGUCAAUAAAUCAAUACAAUCUUUGUCAA